CGCAUCCUCGGGCGAUGCCGUGAUUGGGCGAACGGUUGUCGGAGUCGGGGGAGGAAUGGCGGUGCUUGUGGGCCGCAGGUUCUGGCGGUGUUGGCGCAGGUUUACCGUUACACCGUCUGAGUGUAGCCUGAGCGAGCGGCUUUUCAGCCAAAGCACAGGAACGCUGUACCAAAAAAAUGAUUCCGAUCAACAAGAAAUGCUUCCUCAGAAGCAAACAUUGAUGUUGCCUUCUGGAACAUUUAAGGGUAAAGUAGCCUUCAUCACUGGUGGAGGUACUGGACUUGGGAAAGGAAUGACAACUGCUCUAUCUGCUCUGGGUGCUGAAUGUGUUAUUGCAAGUAGAAAACUGGAUGUUUUGAAGCAGGCAGCAGAAGAAAUCUCCUUGCAGACUGGAAACAAGGUCCAUUCAAUUCAGUGUGAUGUGAGAGAUCCAGUUUCUGUGAAGUCUGCUGUGGAGCAGAUGUCUGAAGUGACAGGGCUGCCUGAUGUUGUAAUAAAUAACGCUGCUGGAAACUUCAUCUCACCCUCGGAAAGACUUUCUGCUAAUGCUUUUAAAACCAUUACGGAUAUUGUUCUUAAUGGUACUGCAUAUGUAACUCUGGAGAUUGGAAAAGAAUUGAUUAAAGCAAAAAAAGGUGCAGCUUUCCUAGCCAUUACUACCAUCUAUGCAGAGACUGGAUCAGGAUUUGUGAUGCCCAGUGCAUCAGCAAAAGCAGGAGUAGAAGCCAUGAGCAAAUCACUAGCUGCUGAAUGGGGUCGAUAUGGUAUGAGAUUCAAUAUAAUUCAACCAGGACCUAUUAAAACAAAGGGUGCCUUUAGUCGACUUGACCCAAGUGGUUUGUUUGAAAAAGAAAUGCUGAAGAGAAUUCCAAUGGGCCGCUUUGGCACUGUGAAUGAAAUCUCCAACCUUGCUGCUUACCUGUGCAGUGAUUAUGCCAACUGGGUUACAGGAGCAGUAAUAAGAUUUGAUGGUGGUGAAUUUGUUUCAAUAGCUGGUGAAUUUAACACUCUGCAAAAGGUUAAAAGUGAACAAUGGGACGUGCUCGAGUCCCUCAUCAGAAAAACCAAAGGCUCCUAAGUGGUGCAAAUCAGACACAAUUUAAAAUGACGCAUAGACGAGAGUAUUAUGCCAGCUUAUCAGUGGAAGAAACUUGGGUUGGAUGAUUCAUACUUGAUUAGAUUUUCAAAAUAAUUAUUUUUGAUCUGCCAAAUUGAAAUAUCUUUAUUAGGAAUAAUAUUGCUUCAUUUAUCAUUGGUUGCAGAAUCAGAAUUUGGUAAUUGCAAAUUUAUUUUUAAUUAAGAGGAACAGUUUUGCUACUCUGCUGAGUGUUAUCAUAAAGUAAAAUGAGACAAGACUAUUCGGAAAACAUUUUCCAGGCAAUGUGUAAUAGAAUAUUGUAAUCACCAUAAUAGGUACCUUUAUAAACAAUGCAUGCAUAGUGCCAGAGGUGGGAAAUUAGGGUGUUUCUUCGAAUUGGUAAACUAACAUUUUUUGGAAAAAGGAUACAUGGAAAUUACGUUAAUAUGGUGGAGAGCAAUUUUUAGAAAUGUGUCCGGUUUAUAAAGUAGGUGUUUGAAAGGAUUAUAGGGCUUUGAUAUUAAGUUUGGAAUAAUUCAUUCAUUAAUGAAUCUUAAUUUUAAAAUAUCAGACUGGGUUUAAAGCUAAUGACUACAGUGAUAAGAUGCUGUAUCAUAAUGGACUUUUAUAAAUCUGGAAUGGAUGUUAAACAUACUGUGUAGCUGUGGUAACAUUCUUUGUGUAAAGAUGCUCUUUUGUCAAUUUGCUUUGCUUUCUUGUUUAUUUACCCUGUAUUUUUUCUUACUGUUUCCUCAGUCUAUGCAUUCUCUGUACAUCCAUGAUGUUUCCCCAUUUAAUCUUGUACAUCUCAAAAAAAUGAAAAGGAACAAAAUAAACACUAAAUACAUUAGGAUAGUAUGUCAGAGAAAUUAAAUGCCUUUACAUCAUCAAUAAAUUAUGUAGUUCAGAUA